UUAAAGCGGGAAAGGGACGUUAAGCAAACGGCAUUGUUAAAGUUUAUUAUUUCUGGAUGAGGAGCUGUAAAACCGUAUAACCGUGGAUAUUCUGUGGGAAACAAAUCUGCCGACAGAAGUUUAGGGACGUUUUUCGACAUUUACUUGCAUAAAAAUGUGAGCAAAGAGGCUAAUCGGCGAAGCUGUGUGUCCGCUGGGAGGGAGGCUGUGAACAGGACUGGCGAGGCCUUUGUGGAGUAUGUUAAGUCAAGACGAGGGGAGAAGAAAAGCAGCCUUUUCUCGAUGAAAGAGAAUAAAAUGAAGACAAAACGCAAUCAGAGGCAUCCGGGACCCAGCUGGCAAGGAAAAGGUGGACAUACUAGUGACAAGGUGACGCUGAGUCAGGCAAAACGUACAUCAGUUCCCACACAAGUCAAGCCUUUUGCUGGAAAAGUGUUUUACCUGGACCUGCCAUCAAACAGAGUCGCAGAAACGUUGGAGAGUGACAUCAAACAGCUUGGAGGGACUGUGGAGAAGUUCUUCAGUAAGGACAUCAAGUAUCUGGUAUCUAACAAGCGGGAGGCUAGAUAUGUGAACUGCCUCAGACAGGACUCUCCUGUUCCCAGCCCAGACUCUGGACCGAGUUCGCCGUAUCCUUGUUCAAACCCACACCGGCCUGGCAGCCAUGGCGACAUCAAGAGCAGAUCUCAAGGACAAACCGACACAUUUGUUACAAGCCGAGGGAAGUCUCUGGUGGAGAGAGUAGUGAAAGAGCAGGAAAGGAUUCAAGUAAACAAGAUCCUGUCAAAUGCUCUGGAGUGGGGUGUGAAAAUCCUAUAUGUAGAUGAUUUAAUAGCAUAUGUUCAUAAGAAAAAAAAGAUCAUCAAAAGCUCAGUUCCUGCAGCCACUGCGGCCAAAUUAUGUGACAAAGCUGAUUCUGCAGCAAAGCAAGGCCUAGAGAAAUGCAAAGGCGGGCAGAUUGGUAAACCUUUCAUCAAGGUUGAGGAUUCAAGUAGGCACUACCGUCCAAUCUACCUCACAAUGCCAAACAUGCCUGAGUUCAACCUGAAAAUCACUGCUCCCUGUAGUCCGUUCUGUCCUGAGGAGAAGGACCCUCCUGCAAACAAACAGCGGGGACAAAGAGGUGUGAAAGCCUCAGACAGUGAGGAGAGAGCUCAUGGACGAAAGAAGAACAGAGAAAAGAAACGAGGCGGCUACUGCGAGUGCUGUAUGAUCAAAUACAACCAGCUCACGAUGCAUCUGCAGAGUGAGAGUCACAGGGCUUUCUCUAAGAGUGAUGAGUACUUGCUGGUGGACAGAUUGAUUUCAACCUUGAACCACAACUUCAUGCACAUUAAAGGAGCUAAACUCAAAAGACCAAAGUGCAGUGUUUCCUGUGUUCUGAUUGCUCCUGGACCAUGUAGAAAACCUGAACUAAGGUACAAGGGAGAUCCUUCAGAGACCGUUCAAGAAUUGGAGCCAUGGACUGUUGACGUGAACGAAGAAUUAAAUUCCAGACAGGAUAUAAAAAUCGCGUCCGUGUCUGCCUCUGCUGAAUUGAUUGACAGAGAGGGCGACCAGAGGAACUGCUACACUUACUCAGACAGAUCCAGGCACAAGUUGCUUGAACGUAAACGGGUGUGCAGACAGAAUUCACACACUUCCCGCACCCAAAAAUCUAAUCUGCCUCAAAGUCCUCAGUUUGAGUCAGAAGAAGCCCCAUCAAGAGGUGAAUUUCUUCCCUCUUUGCCCACCAGAUAUUGCCAGGAUGACCUGCUGGACCAGAUACCUCAUGAGGACAUAAACAGCUCAACUUUGCACGUUGAUAAUAUGAACAUACAGAAUAAUUUGGCCUCAAAAAGCCUCAGUUUUAUUGAAAAUGAACAAGAGUCUGAUAAGAAAGUGACUGGAAAAAAUGACUCUGGAAAGAAAGAAGGAUGCCUUCCUACAGAAAGCUGCUCUCCAGUCCAGAAAAUUCAAAGGAGGAUAAAAGUUAACAAGCACAAAAGACGAAAAUUGGACACAAACGUCGAACAUGUAGAGCCUUGCGAUGUUUCUGAUAACUCUUUAUUGAAGCUCUGGGAGCUUUUCCAGUCCAGUGAUGACAUGGAUGUGGAGUUUCACGGAUUCGAGGACAAGAAAUAGACAAGCUAAAGGGAUUAGCUUGAAUUCCUGUGUCCUGGACUACAAAGGCUGUUAGAUUUAAGAUGUUAAUAGAAGGUCCUGGCUUUUGUGUUUGAUAAGAAAUUCAUCAGCUCUCCCCCUUCAAUCAGAUGAUGGUGAUUUUUAACAUUUUGUUUACAGAGUAGUAUAUAUUGUAAAACUUAGAGUGGCCCUAGUAAUAUUGUUAUUAUUAUUUCUAACCAUUUAGCCCUAGUAUUCCCCCCCCCUCUAGAGCCUCUCUCUAUGAAAUCAUAUACAACUAAGAAUCGGGGGAAAAAAAGACUGAAGCCUGAGCUUUAUGCUUAUUGACAUUACGUUCAUAUACAGUGACAUCUUUAUAUGAAGCUUUGGCCGUCCUAAAUAUGAACACAAACUAAAUAAGGGAAAACACAAAAGGGUCCCUUUUAAAAAAGGGACAGCAACUGCAAGUCAGUAUUUUACAUACUUGAACCUGUAAAAUGUACAUGAAAUCUAAGAUGUUUAGUCAAAACAUUUCUUUGACCAGAGUAGUCUGCUGAGUACAUGAAAUGUAGUGCCAGCUUAACGUUUGCUCCAAGUCCCUUUUGCUCAGUCUACAUCUGACUUGACUGUGUGUGGUUGUGUGGCUCUCCUGCUUCUCCUGUAAACGGGCAUGUGUUUAAUAAAGGAAGUGAGCAACGCUCUUGAAAUGGUCGUCUUCUGUGAAAGAAUAUUGUGAAUACAUUUCAGUAUUUUGACACUGAUGGGGUAUGGUAAUGUCAGAGCAGCUAUGUUUUGUUUUAUUGCCAUUUGAGAAAAAAAAAUUAUGAAAAAUUAGUGCAAGAAUUAUUAUUUUACACGAUUUUCUUUCCAUGAAUACUGACUGUA